AACUGUCCCUGUGUUAAAAAGUAAUUGAACUCCCCAUAAUCAUCUUUAAUUAUAAAUAGACAAUGAUAACUCACUUAAAAAACAGCGUUUAAUUUCACUAACAACGCUGCCUGAAAAACAGGAAGUCAGCUAAUCAGCUCCUGAUUUAAAGCCCAGGUUCUCUUGGGUCAUUCAGCAUGCAUAACAAAAUAAAAUCUGUUAAAACUUUUCAGAACACUAUAAAGACCCACUGGCCUUAUUAACUUCUGCAGGUUGACAUGACCGGAAGUACUGUCUUCAAAGUACAACUACCAGUAAAAUGAUCGUCCUAUUGUUGCUUUCUGGCUGCUCUGUUAGUUUCAAUCAUGCCCCACAUUGUUUUUUACGUCUUUGUGUUAGGAACCAAUAAAAUGUGACGUAGCAGAGCUUGUUUCCUUACGGAUUAUUUUUGUUGAUGCGCUCCGAUACUUGUCUGUCUGAUAUAUAUUUUUUUUAAGUCAAAUGCCUGUCCGUGUUGCCGAAUAAUAUCCACAUGGAGAGCUGCUGCUGAUUCAUUGGAGGUUUGGAAAAACUGAUCCAGCUAAAAUGUCUGACUGGUGUCCGAUAGCGAAAGACUACAACCCCCUGAAAGCUGGCAGCAUCGACGGGACCGAUGUGGAACCCCAUGACCGGGCGGUAUGGAGGGCCAUGUCCGCCCGCUAUAAACCCAAUAAGGGCGUCGUUGGAGAUCCGCUGUUAACGUUGUUCGUGGCCCGUUUGAACCCCCAGACAACCGAAGACAAGCUGCAGACAGUGUUCUCAAAGUACGGAGACAUCAGGCGGCUCCGGUUGGUUCGGGACAUCGUGACGGGCUUCUCCAAAGGAUACGGCUUCAUCGAGUACAAGGAGGAGCGGUCCGUGAGCCGGGCCCGCCGGGACGCUGACAAGCUGGUUAUAGACCAACACGAAGUGUUCGUGGAUUUCGAGCAGGAGAGGACCCUUAGAGGGUGGGUGCCGCGGCGUCUCGGUGGCGGGUUGGGCGGCAAAAAAGAGUCCGGACAGCUGCGUUUCGGCGGUAGGGACAGACCCUACCGAAAACCGAUAAACCUGGGCCCCGGAGCCAUGCUGGAACGAGGAGGGGGCAGAGGAGAGCCGAGAGCCAGAGAGGACAGGCACCGGUACAGAGAGAGCGACUGGGGCAGUAGAAACAGGAGAGAUUACCGGGAGAGAGACAGAGAUGACCGCAGACACAAAGACAGGAGAUGACGUUAAUGACGGCUUUUUGGACAUGUUGGACUGUGCAGAAAACAGAUAUUUGAACUGGAAUUGCGAAUUGUUGUUUUGAUAAGUUUCAUUCUUCCCUUUUCAGAUUUUUAAAGACAUUUUUGUUAAAAAAAAAUCUUAUUGGGUUUGUACACUCAGCAGAAUACUGUUCAGUGUGUAAUUGCACAUUGUUCAUCAUCAUUUUUGCUGUCUAUCAAUGUUGAUCUUAAGCAAUGAAGUAAAAGUUUGUUCUUUUUAAAUUCUGCAAAUCAGAAUCAGUUUCUUUCUCCAUUCCUGUUGCAAGAAGUCUGUUUUUUGUCCGUUCUUAAAUUUGGCAGUUUGAUAAUGUUGAAAGUAGUUAAAAUUGUGAAAAGGAAUGAAAAGGCUAUAUAAUUUAAGACAUUUUUGCCAGCAUCAUCUUUUACCAUGGAGAUUAGAGUGAUGUGCAAUGUUAGUAUUCUGCCACUCCGUGUCUUGGUUUUAACCAAACAGUUAUAUUUUGCUUUCAACUAACCAGAGCACCCUCUUCCACAUGUUUGCUGUGUCUCCUAUGUGGGUUGUGCCAAACUGCUACUGGUACCUGUGGUGUCAUCUUGUCACUCUUCUAUAAAGUUUAGAUUUGCGGAGUGCUCAACUAAUAGCUGUCCCAUCGACAGAUUCUCCUUCCUGAGCUGCGGGUAUGUGCACCUCCUCCAGAGGUAUUGCUCUAGGUUUGCUGUUGUGCUGUACCUUCUGCUGUGAUCCUUGGUCUUCGUGAUGAUGUUUGUUCAUUAAUGUUCCCUAACAAACCACUAUAUAUCUAUUGCUCAGCAUUCAACAGUAAUUUGCGUUUCAAGGAGUUUAAAACAAGCAUAAUUUUAAUAUUUAGAAAAACAUCAUCACCAAUACAACGUGACCUAGAUAUAAGCUCAUUAAAACGUAGUAUUUCUUGGCUUAUUUUAGAAGAUAGUAACGUAGUGUGUAAAAUGACACAUUCCAGUAAGAAAUGAAUGGAGGUCUUUGCUGGAAUUUUGAAGUGGAUUUGCAUUCUUUAUUCAUGUCAAAACUGACCUUAACUCAUACUGGAGUUAAUUUAAAGACAUCUUGAGGUUUUUUGUUUUUUUUAGAUGGUAGCAUUCGCACAGACCUCUAUUCUUAUUUUGAUUCAUAUGGAUUUAAAUUUGUAAGAGACCAGCUAAUAAAGCACAUGGUAUUUUCUCCAAAUGUCAGAAACUGUUAGUCCUGUGUGGGAACACCCAUGUGUGUCCGUUUGGUCAUCAAAUGGAGCUGCUGACAUAUUUGAAUAUUAUAUAAGACAUGUUCACUGUGACAUAAGAGUGAAAUGACUAUUUUCUGAAGGAAAUCUAUUCUAACAUAAUCUGGUAAAGGAGUGUAUUAUUAGGGUAUUAGGGUGUAUUAUUAAAGUUUUGAGGUUUUUUGCAAACAGGCCUCUUUUGGAAAUGUAUUUAUUAUGCAUGGUUAUGACAAGUCAGACAGUCUUUGGUGAGAAUAUCUCAUCUCCUUGUCAAAAGUUUUAUAGUUGUCAAAGAUGUUACAGAAGCAAUUUCCUUUGCAUUGCCUCAGGUUUAAAAUAGCAGAGAGUUUUAUUUCCAACAUGACUGUACUUGUGCAGCUUAGAACUCAGAGGUCUUGUUGUCUAGAUGAAGCCGGUUUCUGCUUGUCAGGUUCCCUGGGCGUCAUGAUGAGCCAGCUCCGGUAUGCCUCUUUUUGCACGGUUCUGAAUUCAAUCCUGUAAAAUCACAACACAGUUAGAUGAGCUGUGCUCACUGACCAAGCUGCAGGAGACUGGUAAGAUGUCAAACCUGAUCUCACCUGAAAGCAGGGUUGAUGCCGAGGUUGUCAGGCUGUGGACAGGCAGGAGUUUGCCUCGUCCAGUGAGAGGACAGACAAAUACGGUGAUUUCAUCUCAGCUGUUUUUUGUUCAUUGUUCAGACCUGGUAACACUGGGUGGCCACAGUUACCUUCAUACUCCUCUUUGUCAGAUCGUCUGCUCCUGCUGCUGUUUCCUUUUGGAGUCUCUCUUGAGGAUGGGGGGGUGUUUGCUCUGUAUGUGGUCUCCUGAAGGUUAAUCAGAACCCUUUAAAUGCUUGAAUUUCAUGUGCAGUCAGUGAACUACAUGCAUAAAUACAUCCAGUGCCCUGCAAAAGUUCUAAUUUGCAUGUGAACUUUUUAUUUGAUAUUGUCACAAUUAAUCCACAGACUUCAGUGUAUUUGCUUUGGAUUUUAUUUAGACUAACACAAAAAAAGCACAAUUGUGAAGUGGUGGGAUGUUUUCUUGCAAAUAAAAAUCUGAAGGGUCUGAAUCUGAA